CAAUAGGCGGGCGGGGGAAGCGGGAUCAGGUUGUUACUACUGCAGAGAGAGAGAGAGAGAGAGGAAGAGAAGAGAGAGAGGGAGAGACUCGAGAGCGAGCGAGCGCGGGAGCGAGGGCCGCAGCGGCAGGGCCGGCGGGGAAGUGGGAAGAGGGACCUGGACUUCGGGACCCCAGCCGUCCCCGCCCCCGCCCUCUCCACCAGAUCAGGCUGAACGCGCCCGGAACGUCCCAGGCUGUUUCCUCUGCCACCAUGAGGAACAUUUUCAAGAGGAACCAGGAGCCUAUUGUGGCUCCUGCCACCACCACCGCCACGAUGCCCAUUGGACCCGUGGACAACUCCACUGAGAGUGGGGGUGCUGGGGAGAGCCAGGAGGACAUGUUUGCCAAACUGAAGGAGAAGUUAUUCAAUGAGAUAAACAAGAUUCCCUUACCACCCUGGGCACUGAUCGCCAUUGCUGUGGUUGCUGGGCUCCUGCUUCUCACCUGCUGCUUCUGCAUCUGCAAGAAAUGCUGCUGCAAGAAGAAGAAGAACAAGAAGGAGAAGGGCAAAGGCAUGAAGAAUGCCAUGAACAUGAAGGACAUGAAAGGGGGUCAGCUCCCACAGGAUGACGACGACGCAGAGACAGGCCUGACUGAGGGGGAAGGUGAAGGGGAGGAGGAGAAAGAGCCAGAGAACCUGGGCAAACUGCAGUUUUCCCUGGACUAUGAUUUUCAGGCUAAUCAGCUUACUGUGGGCGUUCUGCAGGCUGCUGAACUGCCUGCCCUGGACAUGGGAGGCACCUCAGACCCUUAUGUCAAGGUCUUCCUCCUUCCUGACAAGAAGAAGAAAUAUGAGACCAAAGUCCAUCGGAAGACACUGAACCCUGCCUUCAAUGAAACCUUCACCUUCAAGGUGCCAUACCAGGAGCUUGGGGGCAAAACUCUGGUGAUGGCCAUCUAUGACUUUGACCGCUUCUCCAAACAUGACAUCAUUGGAGAGGUAAAGGUGCCUAUGAACACAGUGGACCUCGGCCAGCCCAUUGAGGAGUGGAGAGACCUGCAAGGCGGGGAAAAGGAGGAGCCGGAGAAGCUGGGCGACAUCUGCACCUCCCUGCGCUAUGUGCCCACGGCCGGGAAGCUCACUGUCUGCAUCCUGGAGGCUAAGAACCUCAAGAAGAUGGAUGUGGGCGGCCUUUCAGACCCGUACGUGAAGAUCCACCUGAUGCAGAAUGGCAAGCGGCUCAAGAAGAAGAAGACAACCGUGAAGAAGAAGACCCUGAACCCAUACUUCAACGAGUCCUUCAGCUUUGAGAUCCCCUUCGAGCAGAUUCAGAAAGUCCAGGUAGUGGUCACCGUGCUGGACUAUGACAAGCUGGGCAAGAACGAAGCCAUAGGCAAGAUCUUCGUGGGCAGCAAUGCCACAGGCACAGAGCUGCGGCACUGGUCCGACAUGCUGGCCAACCCCCGGAGGCCCAUCGCCCAGUGGCACUCGCUCAAGCCUGAGGAGGAGGUGGAUGCACUCCUGGGCAAGAACAAGUAGACAGCAGCGGCUGGGACCCCACACCUUUCACGGACACUGACAAGAUCCAGAGCUAUCAAUACCUCAGUUAUGCAACCUUAGAGGUUUUCUUUUUUCUUUCAUUUGUUGGGUGGUUGUGUCCUUGUUUUUCCUUGUUUUUCUCUUUUUAAAGACCAACUUCCCUUUGAUGGCUGUGUGAGGAGAGUCCCCUAAGAGGUGAAAGAGAAGCCUGGCUCUGUUCACGGUCCCAGGAGCUGUCCUUGCUGCAUGCCCUGUCACAGUUCCCUCGACUCUUUCAAAGCUUCACAUCUGCCUCACCCCAAGCAAGGCUCUCUACUGGCACAAACUUGCAGCAGUUCCUGUUUUUUGAGCCUUCUGGACCAACAAAAUAGCAGCACAUCCUGCUUCCUGACAGGGAAGGCAUCACAGUGGCCAAUGAUCAUGUGUGUGUGUGUGUGUGUGUGUGUGUGUGUGUCUGUGUCUGUGUCUCUUUGAGCAUCUCUCUUCAUUCCUGGAAUGUGUGUGUGUGUGUGUGUGUGUGUGUGUGUGUGUGUGUGUGUGUCUGUGUGUGUCUGUGUGUGUCUUUAAGCAUCUCUCUUCAUUCCUGGAAUGAGCCAUGGACAGUAAAGUUGUGUGGGAAAAGAAGGCUCUUUGGGGACCCUGACAUGAAGAAGUCCACUAAGUGGGAGAUCUUCUCUCAUCUAUGGCAAAGUCUCAGGAUCCUGUUCAGAUAUCGGGGCUUUCAUACUCCUGUUGGUGGCUAUUUGGGAGGCAGCAAGAUGUGAAGACUGGAUGUGUUCAGAACUAGGACCAAACGAUGCCAUCAAAUACUUCCUCCUGCCAGUCAUGGUUUCCCCAGAAGUGUAGUUCCUGGGACAUUCAUGGAUAUGAGCUAUUCACUAGUUGGGUCAGACUAACAGGGACUCUCAGUCCCAAAAUCUCACUCUUAUUGACAAUAAAUAUCAAACUAUGAAGAAACAGAAGUCCCAUUACCAGAAAGACCAAAAUUAAACUCCUGGAUCUUCACCCCAUCCAGUGGGAAACACAGAUGCUUUCUCCCUUUCCAGAAUAUAAGCAGCCAAGUUCAUUUGCAUUUA